AUGAAACAAUCGGGCUUCAGUUCCCAAUUCCCAUGGUGGUUGUAUGUCACCAAAAGAGGUGAUUGUCAUGCAGCCUGGGAGGCUUCCCAUGGUGAGUGGUGGAGGUGGCAAGGUGGGGGUGGGGGUGGAGGUGGUGGUGGUGGUGGUGGAGACAUUGGGGUGGAAAAAGAAAUACAUAGGUCUGUUUCUCAAAUUGGGGUUUUAAAAGGUGUGUUGUUGAAGGCUCACCUCAAAAAACCAGACCAAUUGUGUUGAAACUCAGUCCUGAAUUUGGGAUUCUGGAAAUAGAAGGUCGUUUUUGUCAUUGCAUCCAGUUUUGGCUCAUAAGCUAUGUUUUACAUAGCCACAAAUGUAAAAUAUUCGUGUAAUCUUUAUUUUUGAGAUGCUUUUAUGUGGUUUUUUUGCUUUUAUUGCUCGACUUGAGGCAUUAGAGUUUAGGGUAACUACAGUGGUAUGCUGAAAGUUAUGGAUUUUGUCCAUUCCUUGAGUGUUUAACAUUUUUUGUGCAUAAAAUGUAUUUUUUGUAGGACUUUCUGUCUUUGAGCUGUUUAAUAUAACGAUUGGGAC